CUUUCUCACUUGGCUUUCUACUUCUUCCACUCUCUUUACUUUUCUUUCUUUCUUCACUCUCUUCUUCUGCUCCAAACAAACAACGAAGAUCGAUCGAUCGAUCGAUCCAGAUGAGUUCGAGGCGGGGAGAUGGAAAACCCUUUUCUGCUGAUGCUGAAAAUGGGUCAUCGUCAUCGUCAAAGGGCAAAAAUGUGACGGUCGAGCAGUUAAGCCAGGGCGUCGCUGACGUUAGCCUGCAGCAAUCGGCAGAAGACGAUGGCGAAUGGGAGGUCAUUGCCAGGAAGCCCAAGAACAGAGCUGGAAGCACUGCUGCAAAACAAUCGCACUCGCAUUGGGUUCCUCAAAAUUCCAAUUCUGGUACCAAAACAUGGGGCCAUCACUCGGAUGCAACUCGUAACAAUUCGUCCUGGUCAAGUAAGCCUGCGUUUGACCCUAAAAGACCUGCUGGCACUGCCAGAGGAGGGUACAUAAGGCCCCCCCAGUCAUCAACUGCUGCUUUUGACAACGGUUAUCGGGCCGCCGCCCAGCCUGUGAUUCGACCUCCGCUGCAGCAUGGAUGGAACUGGCCAUCUAGGCCGGGGGCCCAAGAACCUACUAAGACUGCGGGUGAGGAUACCCAAGCGAAAGGUGGAAUUAGCCUAGACUCCCAUCUUUCUGACGAUGUAGAGGACGAUGACUCCGAUGCUGCCUUGGAUGACAGCGAUGACGAUGAUGAGUUACUAAGCGAUGAAUUCGAUUCCGAUUCAAGUGAAAAGAGCCAUGAUACUCUCAAGAAGAGUAAGUGGUUUGUGAAAUUCUUCAAGAUCAUAGAUGAAUUGAAAAUUGAUGAGGUUACGGAUCUGGAGAGGCAGUGGCACUGUCCAGCCUGCCAAGGGGGUCCUGGUGCCAUCGACUGGUACCGGGGCUUGCAGCCACUGAUGACCCAUGCCAAAACAAAAGGCGGGGAGAGGAUGAAAGUCCAUAGGAAACUUGCGGAGCUUUUGGAGGAGGAGUUGAAAAGAAAAGGCACUUCAGUGGUGCCACCUGGCGAAGCAUUCGGAAGAUGGAAAGGAGUCAAAGAUGAUGAAAAGGACUACGAAAUAAUUUGGCCUCCUAUGGUUAUGAUUAUGAACACAAGGCUGGAAGCAGAUGGAAACAACAAGUGGAUUGGUAUGGGAAACCAAGAGCUUCUCGAAUACUUUGACUCUUAUCAUCCCAUGAAGGCUCGGCAUUCUUAUGGUCCGACCGGACAUCGUGGUAUGAGUGUGUUGAUCUUUGAGGCCUCAGCACGGGGUUACCAUGAGGCUGAGCGUCUGCAUAAGCAUUUUUUGGAGCAAGGAACAGACAGGAAUGCUUGGAAUAGUAGUCGUCGCCAGCUAUAUUUUCCGGGUGGGCAGCGUCUGCUUUAUGGUUUCUUGGCAGUGAAAGAAGACCUGGAUGUGUUCAACCAGCAUUCCCAAGGCAAGUCUAAGCUAAAAUAUGAUAUGAGAUCGCACCACGAGAUGGUCACGAGCCAGAUUAGGCAAAUGACUGAGGAUAAUCAGCAGCUUGGCUGGUACAAGGACAAGCUCGUUAAAAAAGACAUAUACACGAGAGAUCUGGAAGAACAUGUGGAUAUUGUUUCUCAGAGGCUACGCAAGACUGAGGAAGAAAAUCGUAUCGUAAGACUCAGGAUGAGGAUGCAGCAUGAAGAGAACAAAGAGGAGAUGUACUUGCAAGAGAAGUUCUUCAAUGAACAAAUAAAGAUAAUUCAUGAAUCAAGGAAUGAAAAGGAAGAAAAUUUUGAGAGGGUUCAACAGGAAGAACGUGAAAAGGUGAAGCAGUCAAAUGCUGCUGCUAAUACUUCAAAUGAUGAGGAGAUUCGCCAGAGGACGGAGGAAAUUUCAAGGUUCAUCGAGUCACAAGACAGAGAAAUUUCCGAUUACGUGGAGAAGAGGGAAGCUCUCCUAAAAGCUCAUGAAGAGAAGAUCAAUGAGGUGAAAAGAUACUGCUGGGAACGACAGGAAGAGCUGGAGAAGCAGUUGAAUGCCGAAUUGACCAGCCUGAUGGAGAAAUACUCCCCGCUUCACUCCAAGGACACCACCUGACUGGUUGAGUGUAGUGUUGACUUGUUUUCAUUUCUUGUAGUAGCUACUAGCUAUUACUAAAGACAGUUGUUCGCUUUUCAAAUGGUUUUGUGCGGUUGCCGGUUGUUUCGGAGAAAGGAACCGCCACCCAACCAAAAGAAGAGAGUGCCUUUUGACUUUGUUGUUUUCCCAUUAAACCAUUAGUUUAGUUGGUAAUGGUUAAAAAAAAAAAAAAAACAGGCGUUGAAAUGUUUGAAUCCUCAUUUUGCUCGUCCUCUUUGCUGUUAUUCAGGCUAGUAUUAUCUGGUCGACGAGUAUGUUUUUGCGCCGUGCGAGCUACUUCUUUUUC